AUGAGCAGCAGCAGCAAUAGCAGUAACAGCAGCAGCAGCAGCAGCAUUACUGUUGUGCUUCAGUGUACAUCGCGCUCGUUUUACAACGAUCAGAAUGAUGGUUUAGCACUUUGGGAAGAUAUGGGCUGUCCAGCUAAUAAAUUAGUCGUAGGCAUACCAUUUUAUGGACGCACCUACACAUUAAGUAAUUCAAAUAAAAACUAUAACAUGGGCACAUACAUUAAUAAAGAGGCAGGUGGUGGUGCUCCCGGUCCUUACACAAACGCUAGUGGUUUCCUAGCUUAUUACGAAAUUUGUACAGAAGUAAAUGAUAAAGCAAAAGGCUGGACAGUUGAAUGGGAUGAGCAAGGUAUGGUACCAUAUACCUACAAAGAUACACAAUGGGUGGGAUAUGAGAAUGAAGUAUCGGUGCAAAUAAAAAUGGACUUCAUUAAGGAGAAAGGUUAUGCUGGCGCUAUGACAUGGGCUGUAGAUAUGGAUGAUUUCCAUGGUUUAUGCGGUCGUGAAAAUUCUCUUAUGCAUAUACUACAUGAUAAUAUGCGAAACUAUCGCGUACCAGAACCAACACGCGAAACAACGCCUAGGCCUGAGUGGGCAAAGCCACCCGCAACACCGCCAAAUCCGGAUGAAGAAAAUCUGCCCAUUGCAUCCACCACGAAACGUCCGAUACCGAAACCACAACAAACAACAGUUCGGCCCACUGAAGCAACAACAACAACAAAAAAACCUGCAAAAGUUUCAAAGAAACCGAAACCAAAACCAAAACCAAAGCCUACAACAAGUACUACUACAACUACAACAACAACAACCGAAGCAGCUCUGCAAAAAGAUCCAGAAAUUACACAACCAGAUCCAGAACAAAAUGAUGUUAACAUUGAUUGUACCAAUAGAGAUUAUGUACCUCAUCCAGAUUGUCAAAAGUAUUAUCGUUGCGUACAUGGCAAACCAGUCGAAUUUGAGUGCAAAGAAGGUACCGCUUUCCAUACAAUCCUCAAUGUUUGCGAUUGGAUUGAGAACAGCGAUCGUUACUAUUGCACCAGACUUAAGAAGAAAACUGUGGACAAUGAAACAAAAUAAUUUUAAGUUAAUUUAAAUAAUUUUAUUAUCAGAAAUGUAUUUAGUUUAUA